GAGAGAGAAGACAGAUGAAGAGACGCUCCGGUCUGAUACUAAAAACUGGAUGGUAGAGAAAAACUGAACAGGAAGCACCUGGUUUCAUUUCUGCCCCGCCAAGUUGGGCACACCCCCGUGACCACACGGAGAUCAUGGCCGCAGAAAACUUUGCUGAAUUCUUGAACAAGCUGAAGGAAUUGCAUGAGAAAGAAGUCCAAGGCCUGCAAACAAAACUGAACGAGCUCACCAAUGAGAGAUGUCGAGACACCCAGAGAAUCGAAGAGCUGUUUGCCAAAAACCACCAGCUACGAGAGCAACAGAAAGUCCUAAAAGAAAACGUGAAAGUGUUGGAAAACAGGUUGCGAGCUGGUCUCUGCGACAGAUGCCAAGUGACCCAGGAGCUUGCGAAGAAGAAGCAACGCGAGUUUGGGAAGGCCCAUUUCCAGAGCCUUCAACACAUCUUCAUCCUCAGUAAUGAAAUGAACAAGGUGAGAGAGGAAAACAAGAGCCUGAGAGAAGAAAUGAAGAGGCUCUGCAGCACAGAGGACAGACAGAAGCCUCUGAGAGGGCCGUCGAGAGAAGGGAGCUCCAACCCCAACUCCCCGCUGCCCUUGAUCUCCACACAGAGCAGGAAAUCCAGCGCUGAGAAAUCCACAAGCCGAGAAGCGGAAGACGAGUAUGACGAACCGUUCGAUCAGUCUCCGGGACAGAGAAGCUCCCCGAGUAGCAGGGUCUCUCCGAACAUCCUUCUCCAGGGAGAACAUGCUCUUGAGAUGCAUUCUUCUCAGAGGAUAGCCAACCAGUUGCACGGAACAAUUGCGUUACUGAGGCCCGGCUCGAGAUCCUGCUCCCAGGAAAGAGAUUGUCCAGGAAGUGCCACCCCGCCCCCUGCAAGUGGAACGCCCCCACCCCCAGCUUCUGAUCGAAUCCCCAGCUUUGAAGCUUAUUUAAGAGCCAGCAAAUCGGACUGCCGGGAACUUGCUUCAUCUUACAAGGCUCUGAAGUUUGCCGCCAGAAAGGAGCAAUCCUGCCUCCCCAGCCAACACUUCGCCUUGCACCAUCUUGGGCUCCAGAGUAACUCCAGCAGCAGGGAAAGUGGUUUCCCUCACCGCUUACUAAUGGCCAGAGAGGCAGAAGGCAGAAUGAAGUCACAAGACGACUGGGAAGAUCAAGCUGCCAUCUUGGAUCUCCCCGGCGCUAUGGUGUACAUGAAGGACCGCCAUUUGGAGAACAGACUCCAGUUUCUUAAUCAUCAAGAGAAGCUCCGUUAUUUAUUGAUGCAGCAGCAGGAAUGCAAUGCCAAGAUGGAAGAUGGCUUAGAUCGUGCCGAUCGCCGAUCGCCUUCCCCACUGCUGAGGGCAGGCAAGGAGUGCAAAAAGGAAAGGUCCAGUUCGGGAGACUCUAGUGAGGGAACGCUCGGGCGAUUUCUUUUGAUCGACAGGGAAGAACUGGAGCAAGCAGAGAAGGCAGAAGUCAUGAGGGAGUAUCUCACAGAAGUACCCCUGGACCUAUCAGAUUAUGGAAGAGGAAGGGAGAAAUUGAAGGCAGCCAACCGGCAACCGUCCUCAGGGGAAGAGGAGCCUGGAAGUCCGAUUAAAAGGUCAGCUGAAGACCCCAUUCUUCAUAAAAGCGAUUUGUCCACCUGGCUCCACACAGCUGAACGUCUCCACAAGGGCAAAGAGUCAGAGCAGCUCAGCUCCUCCACACACGACAUAGUCACAUCUUUAAAUACUCACAUGAACAAACGUCCCACGUACAAGCCAGUGUCUUGCGACGCCACAGCCGAUUCAGAGACAAAGGUGCCUUUUGAAGCGCAGAAGCAAAAAGUGGAGCAGCCAGGUAGUGGAGAUUCUGAGUCGGUCAAUGAAGAAUCUGACGAGCCCAAAACAUCCGAUAGCGAGGUGAUUGGCGCUUGUGAUGAUGAAAGCCUCCGAGCGGCUCCCAUGAAAGAAAAAUACUGUUGCACAACCGAGAUCACUCAGAGAUCGCAAAAGAAGCGGAAAAGGGGACGCGAUUCGCCGACAAAGGCCUUUAAGAAGCCUGUGCAAGGCAGGCGUAAUGGCAAAGCAGCCCAGAUCCUAGCCGACGUGCAAGAAGCUCUAAAGAAACAGCAAGCCACAGCCCUGCUUCCAGCCACAAUGAAGACGAAGAGACAUAGCCUGAAUGUGUUCUCUCGCUGGAGCAGACCCUACCACUUGAACCAGUGUCAAAUAUUUCUGCUGUGAUAAGAAGCCCUUUAGUGGCCAGUUAUUCUCAUUGAAAUCAACCAGGUCGGCUCAAGCCUGCAGUGCUCAGGUGCCGUUCCUUCACAUCCCUGGCCGACAAGUGAAUUCAUGAGGACUAGUAACUUACUGACGGUCAAGGCACUCUGGAGAGCUUUACAAAAUUCUUCGGUUAAUUCUCCUGAGAUUUUGGCAGUGAGGUGGUUUGUUCCGCUCGGUUAUUCUAUGGU